AUGUCUCAUCGUGCGCCCUCUCUCUUCGCCGCUAGGCACAGGCCGUUGUUUCGAUUGUGCAGCAACGUCGAUGAUACACGCCAACUUGUGUCCCAGGCAAGACGCGAAAGCUUCAUCCGAGUCCCAGGUACCAAUUGGGACCAGGCGGCGUUCAGAAAGAGCCGCUCGUUCAGCUCCUCCACCCGAGCCCGCGACCUUCAACAGGCCAAGCAAAACGACACAGCCAGCAACCUCCCCCUAUCAGGCACCCUCGUGGUCUCGCUCGAACAAGCCAUAGCCGGGCCCUUCUGCACCCGCCAACUCGCAGACCUAGGCGCCCGCGUCAUCAAAAUCGAACGCCCUGGCCUCGGCGACUUCAACCGCUACCACGACAAACGAGUCAAAGGGCAAUGCUCCCACUUCGUCUGGACGAACCGCAGCAAAGAAUCCUUCGCCCUAGACCUCAAGAACCCCGCAGACCUCUCAGCGCUCAAAACGAUCUUAUCGAAAGCCGACGUCCUCGUGCAAAACCUCGCCCCAGGCGCCACGGAACGCAUGGGACUUGAUUACAAUGUUCUGAAGGAAAAGUACCCCAAAUUGAUCGUCUGCGACAUAAGCGGCUACGGCACCACCGGCCCCUAUAAAGACAAAAAAGCCUACGACCUCCUAAUCCAAGCCGAAUCCGGUUUCCUCAGCAUCACAGGCUCCCCCAACCAACCCGCAAAAGCCGGCUGCAGCAUAGCCGACAUCGCCGCUGGGACGACCGCUUUCAACAAUAUCCUCGCAGCGCUCAUAAACCGCUCCAAGACAGGGCGGGGUUGUCGUCUGGAUGUCAGUAUGCUCGAGAGUAUGGCCGAGUGGAUGACUUUCCCAUUAUACUACGCCUACGAAGGCGCUGAGCCGCCCGCAUUAGCCGGGGCGGAGCAUGCGAGUAUAUAUCCCUACGGACCGUUUCAGUGUCGUGACGGGGUGGUCAUGUUGGGGAUGCAGAAUGAGAGGGAGUGGGGGAUUUUUGCUAGGGAGGUGUUGGGGAAGGGGGAGUUGGUGGGGAAAGAGAGGUUUGGGAGUACGGCUGAGAGGUCGCGGAAUCGGGGGGAGUUGAAGGGGAUUAUUGACGGAGUCUUUAGUCAGUACUCAACCGAGGAGGUGCUGGAGAGGUUGCAGAGAGCUGGAAUAGCGAAUGCGCAGUUGAAUGAUAUGGCGAAGCUGUGGGACCAUCCUCAGCUUAAGGCCCGAAACAGGUGGAGUGAGGUUGAUACGCCCAAUGGGAAGAUUCCUGCCUUGAAGCCUGCUGGUGCUGCUGAAGGGAUGGAGGUGAGGAUGGAUGCCAUUCCGAGUGUUGGGGAGCAUAGUGAGGCUAUUUUGAAAGAAUUCGGUAUUGAAAGAUGA